GCGGCUUUUUCGUUUUGGAUAAUCAUACUUAAAGUCAAACUUUGUUCCUCAUAAAGGGAAGUAAAGUUUUUAACUUUCGUCCUUAUAGUAAUACAACACCCCAGUAAGAGAACUAUGUCAAAACCGGUUGCUUCGAUUUAAGGCUUGUUGUUUCUAUUUUACUGAACUUUUUCUUUACUUUAAUUAGGAAAAACUGAAAACGAAACUUAUUGAUAUUGUUUGUUUUCGCUUCUUCUGCGUGUAACUUCUUUUUUUUUAAAAAACUGCAAAUUCAUGCCUUAAAUAAAAAGGACUAAGUUGAGUGUACGCAAAACAUCUAUUUAAAAUCUUUCUUGGUUUACUAGAUUCUGUCGUUUAUUGAUGAUUGUUGGUUUGCGACCAUCCACGUUUUUUUGAGCGAAAAAAGACAUCGUAUCAGGUCAUAUUGGUGUUUACUAUUCAUAAGCAGUGUUUCCUUGAAUUUCAUGACUAGAUUAGAAGAUGGAUGGUAAUUGGUUUCAAGGGCCUCCCUGCCCUAUUCGAAAUUGUAAAUGUAUUUGGUAUUUCACGAAUGAAGGCCAAACGGUUUGUCGACGAGGUCAUAUUCAACAUGGAAUGGAAAUAGCCCAAGAUGAUGAACCUGGUUCAGGUGUUUUCUAUCAAACGAGAAAACGUAAAGUUCUUCGUAAACAUUUAGAUACUGGCGACUCUCAAGAACCUCUGUAUGGUGCUGCUGGUCGGGACUUAUAUUUUCAGGUUUAUCAAACAAUUCUGCAGACUCAGUGUAAUGCAUUAGUCUCUGAAUUAAAAUUUCCUCAAACUAUUGAGGGAUUAGUCCGUGAUUUAUGGGGACUUUACCUUUCAUUUGCAUAUGAAUCAUUUUCAUCUAGCUAUUUAUCCUUCAAUAAGGACUUAUCCCUUCUCGAACUCUCAGACUCAGAGUUGGACAUGGAAGAUCCAGAUACGCAAACUUCUAACACGUCAGAAGUAAGCAAAAGUAUCCACAGAGAUCAGAGUUUAUCAUAUCCAAAGCUUCUAUACUCUCCAGCUUUUAUUUAUAUUUCUUGUUUCCUAUUACGUCUUCCCAUUACCCUUCAUCAAAUCCGAAGAUGGAUUCGAGCAGAUACAUUGCCUUAUUAUAAGGCUUAUAAAAUCAUUCCUUCCCAAGUCGUAAAACGACUUCCUAUUAACUAUGUUCGUAUGCUGGUUCCAUACCAUUAUCCUUCUUAUCAUCGUUUGCAGGGGGCAGUUUCCACAAUCCUUCAAAUACUAAUUCCAAGGUACAGCAUACAACUUCCUCCUAUAAACGUGUCUUUGGUACUAUUAGAUACUAUCAAAUUUUUUAUUUUUCCCGUAGAAUUAUUUCUUCCAGCCAUUCGACUAAUUUAUUCGUUAAAUCUUCCCAUGUCUUUGGGGGAAGCACAUCGACAAGCAUCUGUUUUACCUCAAGCCAGUGCUCCCUUUAAAUCGACCUCGGAAACUUCAACGAAUCCAGAGUUAAUGAUCCUUGCUGCGUUAGUGGUUUCCGCAAACAUCUUGUAUGGUUUCGAACGGUCUACACCUUCCAACUCUAUCGACUUAGAAGACAGUAUCAUAAUUCCUGAUUGGAAGAACUGGAUAGAAUCUAUUUUGCGUCUCCGAAAGGCCAGUCAAGAGUCAUUUAUGGAGAUGGACGAAUAUUCAAUGCACCAUUUAGACAAUAACGAGAUCGAUGAUUACAUGAAUUGGUACGAGAGACAAUUUCUUGAUGAUGAGAACCCUAAUCAGCUUCCACAGGGGAUCCUUGAUCUAUUUUCAGUUUCUUCUUCAGGAAGACCCGAAUCUGCUAGUCAAGAUAAAAACACUGAAACUUCUGGUAUGAACUCUGAACUCUCAUUAAAGACAGCUCGUUCGUUCAAAGUUGUGCAAAAGAAUGAAGCAAAUUUUCAGUUAAGUUCUUUGAAAGAGGAAGCAUAUUUACCAAUGUUUCUACCUCGCCCUGAUCCUGAUAGUAUAUCUUUUCGGGUUGUUUCGACAAUAGCAAAACUGUAUGAUAUUAAAACAGCAACGUUGAUAACUGCUAUACGGUAUGUAGAGCAACGUUUAAAACAAAAAAAGCAGAUCAAAUAAUAAUGUUCGUCCGGUUGAUUUUAUUCUUUUUCCUCAUCAUCGUUCAUUAAAUCCCA